AGGAGGAACUGCGGCUUCCGGCAUCUCCCCCGCCACUCCGGUUGCUUCCCGUGUGGGGCUGCUGGCGUCUCAGCGUCUGCCGGGGAUGGCCGCGGCCGUCGCUAUGGAGACAGACGAUGCUGGAAAUCGACUUCGGUUUCAGUUGGAGUUGGAAUUUGUGCAGUGUUUAGCCAACCCAAAUUACCUUAAUUUUCUUGCCCAGAGAGGUUACUUCAAAGACAAAGCUUUUGUUAAUUAUCUUAAGUACUUGCUUUACUGGAAAGAACCAGAAUAUGCCAAGUAUCUAAAGUACCCUCAGUGUUUACACAUGUUAGAACUGCUCCAGUAUGAACACUUCCGCAAGGAGCUGGUGAAUGCUCAGUGUGCGAAAUUUAUUGAUGAGCAGCAAAUUCUGCACUGGCAGCACUAUUCCCGGAAGCGGAUGCGUCUUCAGCAAGCCCUGGCAGAGCAGCAACAGCAAAAUAACACAUCAGGAAAAUGAAAAGCUGGAUCCAGACCAGGCUCUUAAGACAUGUAUAUAUUGCUUUUGUACAGUGAAGGCAAAAAAGACUCUUCCUACGUAUCUUUAUUGUGGUAGCACCUAGAACUGUUAGUGUGCUAUUUAAUUGAACUUUUUAUUGUUAAUAGAUUAUUUCUGUUAAACCAGAAUUGUUCUAUUUUG